CCGAUUCCCGCACUUUUCAAUGUCAAAAUAAACCAAAACAAAACUUAAUUUUAGUGUUAAAAACUUUGUUUUAUCAAUUUUAUGUUGUCUUAGUGCAUUUAAACAAUAUUUUAAUUUUAAAAUGGAUCCCUAUGAGGUAGAAUUCAUUGGCGAAAACAGAAUAAUUAGUGUAAUACCAAAUUUUUCUUACGACAAAAUCUACUUGAUUUGCGGUGAAUUUGGACCAUUUCGUGCUGGGCUGCCAAUAAAUGUGCCUCUAUGGCUUGCAAUGAUGCUGAAACAGAAACAGAAGUGCCGUAUAGUACCUCCGGACUGGAUGGAAUUGGAUACUUUGGAAAAUAUCAAGGAAGAAGAAAAGAGAUCUAGAUUCUUCACAAAAAUGCCUAACGAGCACUACAUGGUAGAAGCUAAAUUAAUCCUCGGUGCAGCCUCAGAAGAUGUCCCAAAUGCAGCAGAAAUUAAAACUAUAAUCAAAGACAUUUGGGACAUUCGCAUGUCUAAGUUACGGACCUCUAUGGACGCACUGAUGAAGUCUGGAGGUGGUUAUGGUAGGCUGGACCACUUGACUAUGAUGGAAAUUAAUUCUGCAAAGCCAAUACUACCAUCUGCAAUGGAUUAUUUACUUCAAAUACAAAAGAAAGCCCAGCAAAGGUUACAACAGCCGUCUGCUCUCAACACAUCAACAUUCAGCCAAUCAGGAAGCUCUCAGAACACAUAGCACUGUGAUUACUUUCAAAUCUGCAAUACUAAUCUAUGUUUAAACUAAGUUCUUUUACUAUAAGUUAUUAUAUUUAACAGAUUACUCACACA